CACACACACACACAGAGGCAGCAGCGGUCUCAGCUCGGCUGUGCGAGAGGUUAGAGGAUCAGUACGCCGGGGUGUGUGUGAGGGUCCGAGCGCAGUGCAGCGGGUGUGUGUGUGGGUGUGUGUGUGGGUGUGUGGGUGUGUGUGUGUGUGUGUGUGUGUGUGUGUGUGGGUGUGGGGUUCUCCCUGGCUGGCUGGCCGGCGGACGUGUGUAUGUUGUUGUUGUUGUGGAAGGAUCCUUGUGGCGUGAAACCCCCAGUGUUCCAGCAUGCUCACAGAGCCUGAGAUACCUCAGGAGUUUAACAGGAUGUCUUCCAAGCGACCAGCCUCUCCAUAUGGGGGAACAGAUGGAGAGGUAGUCAUGGCGACGAGCAGACAGCGAUUGGACGAUGACGAGGUUGACGGACACGCUGUCAUUCACCUGCCCCUGAGCUCGUACUGCAGCUCGCCGCGUGCCCCGGACAGCCCGCCCACACUACCCAGCAACACGGAGCAGGAGAGCAGUAAAGGCCUGGCCCUGAGCCCGUACCCCCAGCACAACUCUUCUACCUCACCCAGUAAACAGCAGCAGCAGGACGAGGGUUUGGUCACGGCUCUGGGAACGCCGGAGAGGCGUAAAGGCAGCCUGGCCGACGUGGUGGACACGCUGAAACAGCGCAAGAUGGAAGAGCUGAUCAAGAGUGAGCCUGAGGAGGCCCCCAGCAUUGAGAGGCUUCUGUCCAAGGAUUGGAAGGACAAGCUGCUCGCCAUGGGCUCCGGUCACUUUGGAGAGAUCAAAGGUACCCCGGACAGCCUGGCGGAGAAGGAGAGGCAGCUGAUGGGGAUGAUCAGCCAGCUGAGCAGCCUGAGGGAGCAGCUGUUAGCCGCCCACGAGGAGCAGAAGAAGCUGGCGGCCUCACAGAUCGAGAAACAGAGACAGCAGAUGGAGCUGGCCAAGCAGCAGCAAGACCAGAUCGCUCGACAACAGCAGCAGCUUCUGCAGCAACAGCACAAAAUCAACCUCCUACAGCAGCAGAUCCAGCAGGUCCAGGGUCAGCUGCCACCUCUGAUGAUUCCUGUUUUCCCUUCAGAUCAGAGGACUCUGGCAGCAGCCGCAGCCCAGCAAGGAUUCCUCCUGCCUCCAGGCUUCAACUACAAACCCGGCUGUAAUGACACAUAUCCUCUUCAACUGAUCCCAACCACCAUGGCGGCUGCAGCAGCUGCCACACCAGGCCUCGGACCCCUUCAGCUUCAGCAGCUGUAUGCAGCUCAGUUGGCGGCCAUGCAGGUAUCUCCGGGGUCCAAGCACGGCACCAUGCCCCAGCAGAACCUGGCAGCAGGAACGCAUUCGCCUACCAGUGGCCAGAGUGAGAAGAGCAGGAGCAGCCCUCCUCCCAAGACCAAGGACGAGGGCGCUCAGCCCCUGAAUCUAUCAUCCAAGCCUAAGACAUCCGAGAGCAAGUCACCCACCUCCCCCGCUUCCCCACAGGUCCCUGCCAUGAAGCUGGGUCCAGGAUCCAUGAAGCACAGUGCCCCCUCGAGCAUCGGAGGACCUCCGCCCAGAGUCAGCUCUAUAGACCUGCUGUCGUCCAUCACCUCCGGAGGCUACCUGAAUGACCACGAGGCGGUGAGCAAGGCCUUCCAGGAGGCCCGGCAGAUGAAGGAGCAGCUGAAGAGAGAGCAGCAGGUCCUGGACGCCAAAGUGGCAGCAGUUAACAGCCUCACCAUCAACAACGGGCGCUCGGAGAAGGAAAAAGCGGCUUUUGAAAGUCUGAGUCAGCAUAUGAAGCAGUCCGAGGAGAACAAGUUCACUCACGCCAUGAUGGACUUCGGCAUGAGCGGCGACUCCGACGGCAGCCCAAGCGUGUCAGAUUCAAGGAUUUUCCGCGAAGCUCGAGGUCGCGGUAACGGCGAACCGCACAUCAAGAGGCCCAUGAACGCCUUUAUGGUUUGGGCGAAAGACGAGAGGAGGAAAAUCCUGCAGGCUUUUCCCGACAUGCACAACUCCAACAUCAGCAAAAUCCUGGGUUCCCGCUGGAAGGCUAUGACUAACCUGGAGAAGCAGCCGUACUACGAGGAGCAGGCGCGUCUCAGCAAGCAGCACCUGGAGAAAUACCCCGACUACAAGUACAAGCCGCGGCCCAAGCGCACCUGCCUGGUGGACGGCAAGAAGCUGCGCAUCGGCGAGUACAAGGCCAUCAUGCGCAACCGCAGACAGGAGAUGCGCCAGUACUUCACUGUGGGGCAGCAGGCCCAGUUGCCACUCUCCUCGGGGGGCGUGGUCUACCCAGGCGCUCUGUCCAUGGCGGGCAUGCCGUCCCCUCAGAUGCCAUCCGAGCACUCGAGCAUGUCCAGCAGCCCCGAGCCGGCUCCGCCCACCGGCCCGCCCUCGUACCUCAGCCUCAGCAAGGGGGACGAGCCUCGCAUCAAAGAGGAGGUCCUGAGGAUGGACGAGAGCAACGGCGACGCCUACGACGACUUCGAUUACGAGGACGACGACGCGGACUUCGGCAGCGACAGUGAAAACCACGUCGCGCAGUAAACUCGAGCAAACUAAGAAACAACAAAAAAAAAAAAAAAACACUUUUUUGUUUUGUUUUUUGGAGCUGAUCCCCCGUAUCGUAUCCUGCCUCUCACCCUGAAUACCUGAUCGGGACUCGGAAAGAGCCACGCCCACAACUCCUCCUGAUCCCCUCCCCCCCCCCCCCUAUCCCCACCCCUGAAACCAGCAGCAGUAAAAGCACAGGAGGUGAAGUUACACUAAACGAGAACGGAGUCGGACGUCACGUGAAACUCACGAGCGAACGUUUUUAUUUUUCGAGUAAGCUACAGGAACGGAAGAUAUGAUCUGAUAGGACAAGAUAUGGAAACUUUCUCUCACACACACACACACACACACAAAACGUAUUAUUAUGAUGAUGAUGCUGAUGAUGAUUAUAAUAAUAACAGAGAAACAGGACCUGUUGGACGGCCUGUCACUUUAAAAACGGUGGACCUGCUUGUCUAUAAAGAGACGCUUUUUGUUUUUUGUUUUUUUCUGGGUUCUAUAAUAUUCUCACUCAGGUACACGGUGCCAACAAGUGGCUUGUGAAUGUGAUUUGUUGUUUUUGUGCUACGGUUUUAAUAGAGUUAAAAGAAGAAAAAAAAAACACACACACACACACUUUUAUUUUAUUUUUUCCUCAUUUUGACGUUUUUGAAAAGAAAAAAAAGACAGACAGGAGUUACACUUUACCUUUUUUUAUGUUUUUUAGUUUUCUUGCUUGUGUUAGGUGUUAAACCCCUUUAGCGGAAUCCUGUACCUCUCUCUCACACACACACACACACUUUGUAAAACACACUCGUGCUUUGCCCCUGGAUGACAGUCUGCACGAUCGAGGGCUGCGUCUCACUACACUUUUAUUCAGCACUUACGAAACCCAGUGAGAGUACGGAUCGGUCUGUAUUUUAUCAUACCCACUUUUUAUCAUACACACACACGCGAACACACACACACACACAUACAAACAUACAAACAUUUGAAUCCGCAACCAGGCCUAAUGCGAGGCAGCAGGACGGAAAUAAAAGCAACGUGUUCCUGUGAGAACGCAAAAAACGGCGAAAUUGAGAUCCAGCCUCUCUGCUCCGUCUCGGUCCCUCGGUUCUGUAUCUAAACAGACUGUUUUCAGCGUUACGGAGAACGCUGGGCCUCUCGGUUCCAAAACAAACAGAGAUGGAGAACAUGUGAGAGGAAAAAUCCCUGUAGACUAGAGUUUGGCCCUGAACACAGAGAGAGAGAGAGAGAGAGAACGGAGGGGUUUGGUAGGCGCCCACACUAUGCUUAAGUGUGUGUGUGUGUGUGUGUGUGUGUGUGAGAGAGAGAGACCCCUCAUCCAUAUCCCUUUCUUUCCUCCUCUCCUUUCCCACAGCAUCACUCCAGCUCCUUACAGACAACACGUUGCCAUGGCAACGCUGUUGAUUGACGCCUGUCCUGCACACCAUUAACCCCCCCCACACACACA